UCGUAGAGAACCACAGAGAGUUGCGUUGCAAAACUUGCAUAGACAAGAAAGCAGUUAGUCCGUUAUGCGAUGGGAAAACAUGUUGCAACUUCGAGCAAAGACAUCGUUCAAGUUCAACAACACUGCUCACGCUUCACUCUUCAUUCUUCCCACCAAACAAUUUGGAUUCAGUUACAGUGUUUUGUCUUCUUUAUGCAACCCAAAGAACAUGGUUUUGGACUCCAAAGCUUACACGAAACUCGUUCAAAAAUCCGCGAGCUCAGGCUCCCCUCUUCUGGGAAAGCUCGCACACACCCACAUGAUCAAAUCCUCCUUCAAACCCUGCCUGUUCUUACUCAACAAUCUCCUCUCCAUGUACUGCAAGUGCCGAGAUUUGAGUCUCGCACGCAAGUUGUUCGACGCAAUGCCUGAACGAAACAUCAUCUCUUUCAACUCCCUGAUCUCCGGGUACAGCCAAAUGGGGCUUCACGAACACUCCAUGAAGCUGUUCCUCGAAGCUAGAGAAUCCAGUUUAAAGCUCGAUAAGUUCACUUACGCCGGCGCGUUAGGGUUCUGUGGAGAAAGGUCUGAUCUUGGGCUAGGGAAGUUGCUGCACGGUUUGGUUAUUGUCAAUAAUUUGGCUGAUCAAGUUUUUGUUGUUAAUGUUUUGAUUAACAUGUAUUGUAAGUGUGGUGAGGUUGAUCAAGCAAUGUCCUUGUUUGAUCGAACCGAUGAAAAGGAUAAGGUGACAUGGAACUCUUUGAUCUCCGGGUAUGUUCGUGUUGGUGCGGUUAAAGAAACGCUUAGUAUGUUGUCUAAGAUGCAUAGAGAGGGUCUGAAGCUGACCACUUACGCUAUUGGAAGCGUGUUGAAGGCUUGCUGUAUAGACCUGAAGGAAGAAAACGGUAUGGUUAUACACUGCUAUGUAGCAAAGUUAGGAAUGGAAUGUGAUCUAGUCGUUGGUACUGCGUUACUUGACAUGUACGCAAAGCAUGGGAGUUUGAAAGAGGCGGUAAAGCUUUUUAGUUUGAUGCCUGUUAAGAAUGUGGUUAUGUACAACGCCAUGAUCUCUGGGUUUCUCCAUACGGAUGAUAUAACUUGUAGUGAAAAAGCCUUCAAGCUCUUCAUGGAUAUGCAAAGACAGGGGUUGAAGCCCUCGCCGACGACGUUUUCAUCUGUGCUCAAAGCUUGUUGUGUGGGAAAAGCCUUGAAAUGUGGAAAGCAGAUCCACGCGUUGGUAUGUAAGAAUAACUUUCAGUCUGAUGAGUUUAUCGGCAGCGCUCUCAUUGAGCUUUACGCGUUGAUGGGCUCACCUGAAGAUGGAAUGCGAUGCUUUGCUUCAACGUCAAAGCGAGAUAUCGCCUCGUGGACGUCCAUGAUCGAUUGCCAUGUCCAAAACGAGGAGCUUGUGAGUGCGUUUGAUCUGUUCCGACAGCUUUGUUGUUCCCGUUUAAGACCGGAAGAGUAUACGGUCUCGCUUAUGAUGAGUGCUUGUGCUGAUUUCGCUGCGUUGAGCUCAGGAGAGCAGGUUCAAGGGUUUGCUAUAAAGAGUGGAAUCGAUGCUUUCACCAGCGUCAAGACCUCGAGCAUCUCUAUGUACGCAAAGUCAGGUAACAUGCCUCUCGCGAGUAAAAUAUUCACCGAGGUCGAACAUCCAGACGUUGCAACGUACUCAGCUAUGAUCUCGUGUCUUGCGCAGCACGGUUUCGCUAGCGACUCCCUAAACCUCUUCGAGACGAUGAAAACCUGCGGGUUCAGACCUAACCAGCAGGCGUUUCUCGCUGUUCUGAUAGCUUGUUGCCACGGAGGAUUAGUCACGCAGGGACUAGACCACUUCCAAACCAUGCGGGACGAGUACAGGAUCAGCCCUAACGAGAAACACUUCACUUGCCUCGUCGAUCUCUUAGGUAGAACGGGGAGGUUAUCAGAGGCUGAGAGUUUGAUUCUGAGCUCUGGGUUUCAAGACCAUCCGGCGAUGUGGAAAGCGCUGCUGAGCUCUUGCAGGGUUUACAAGAACAGCGUGUUGGGGAGACGCGUUGCGGAGAGGUUGAUGGAGCUCGAGCCUGAAGCCUCUGGCUCGUAUGUUUUGCUGCAUAACAUCUACAACGAGUCUGGGGUUAAUUCUUGUGGUGAAGAGGUGAGAGAGCUGAUGAGAGAUCGAGGGGUUAAGAAAGAACCGGCUUUGAGCUGUAUUGUGAUUGGUAAACAAGCUCAUUGGUUUGCGGUUGCUGAUUCUUGUCACCCGUCGAGAGAGAUGAUCUACGCGAUGCUGCAACAGCAGUUGGAUACUAUGAACAGUGUAGACCAUGAGACUCUUGUUUGUUAUGUUACAUGAAAAGAAAAAUUAAUGCCAAGUAUUGUCUCACAGCUCAUGUACAAUUACGAGUUAAUGAUGUUUCAAAGGUAGACAUAAAGACUUGACACACAAGAAACAACUCAGAACAUGAUCUUCCA